AUGGCGGCCUAUGCAGCUGUACUUUCUCUCAAGUAUAUCAUCCAACAGAUUCAGCUUCAUCCUUGCCCUCCAAUUUCUUUUGACCAAAACCAGGUUGAUUCUCUCACCGACACCCUCAAUUUCUUGCAAAAAUUUCUCGAGCAGGGAUAUCCUUGUGUUGGCAUCAGCAGAGAAGCAAUAGAUGUUUUUGAAAGUCGAAUUGCAGAUGCAGCUCAUGUGGCCGAAGAUAUAAUCGAAACCCGUGUUGUUGAUCAAAUUCUUGCUGAAUCGAAAAAAAUGAAGAAUACUAGAAUGCAAGACCGUCUGCGCAGAAUUUUGUCCACUUUUUGUGGUGCUGGUUCAUCAAGAUCUCCUUCGACGAGGCAGAAUGUUGUAGCUGGUUUAGAUGUCAUGGAAAAAAUCAGUUCCGUUGACUUGUACCGAGAUCUCGAUAAGGUGAUCCAAGACAUUGGUUUAAUCAAGAAUGAUGUGAUGGAGAUUAAAAAGAGUAUUGUAAUGGAAGAUCAUCUGCACAUAAAUUCUUCAACUCUUGCUUCAUCAAGGUCUCAUUUAACAACGAGGCACGAAACCGUGGUUGGUCCAAAAACUUUAAUGGAUAAGCUCACCGGACAACAAUCUAAUCUCCGCAUAAUCCCGAUAGUUGGCAUGGGCGGCAUUGGUAAGACUACUCUUGCUAGAAAUGCGUACGUUAAGUUUAUGAAGCACUUUGAUAUUCGAGCUUGGGUUACAGUAUCUCAAAACUACAAUGUGCGAGAAAUUCUUAUAGAAAUUCUUCUUUGUAUAAACAAAGCUGAGAGCAGAGAAACCUUAAGUGCGAAGAGUGAAGGUGAAUUAGGUGUAAAAGUACACCAAAGUUUAUGGGGAAGGAGAUAUUUGAUUGUAAUGGAUGAUAUUUGGAGUGUUGAGGUAUGGGAUAAAGUAAAUCUCUUCUUUCCGGACAAUGUUGGUCAAAGAAGUAGAAUAAUGAUAACCACUAGGCUAUCAGACGUUGCUUCGAUUGGCUCUCAUGGCGUUGUGAUGGAUUUCUUAAAUGAAGACAAGAGUUGGGAUCUACUGUGCAAAUCUAUAUUAGAAGAAGAAGAAGAAUGCCCUCCUGAAUUGGAGGAAAUAGGAAAGAAGAUUGCCAAAAAUUGCGAAGGACUUCCUUUGUCAAUAGUUGUUAUUGGAGGACACCUAGCGAAGUCUAAGCGCACAAGAGAACAUUGGGAAUAUGUUUCAGAAAACAUAAAAAAAAUUGUAAAUUCGGAAGACGAUGAACGUUGCUUAAAAGUAUUACAAUUGAGUUAUAACCAUUUGCCGGUACAUCUAAAGCCAUGUUUUCUUUAUAUGGGAGUUUUUCCUGAGGACAAAAAGAUACGUGUCUCGUGGCUCGUAAAACUAUGGGUUUCUGAAGUAUUUGUGAAACCAAUUAAGGGAAAAAGCUUGGAAGUGGUUUCAAGAGAGUACUUGCAGGAGCUCUGUGAUAGAAACUUGAUUUUAGUUCAUGAAAGGGGGUCUUAUGGAAAUAUCAAGUUUUGCAAAAUCCAUGAUCUCUUGAGGGAACUAUGCUUGCGAGAAGCUGAGAAAGAGAAGUUCCUUUAUGUCAAAAGACCGCAUGAACUUACCAUUCCAUAUGGCAUAAGUACCCACCGCCGCAUUGGUAUUCAUCAAAGCAUGUCGGAGAAGGAUUAUCACCCUGAUCCAGUCCUUCGUACGUUGCAAUAUGUGCCUCUUGUUCGUUCUCUGAUUUGCAAUUUUGAAGAACGUUUACCAUUACUUGAUUUUAGAUUGUUGAGGGUGCUGAAAGUCGAUGAUAAAAAGUCAUAUUUCGAUAACAACAGACAAUACGAGUAUUCCGUAGAAGUUGUCUUUCGGCUAGUUAACCUGAGGUUCAUUGCUAUCCGAUCUGAUGUGCUUAAAAAGUCCGGAUUUCCUUCUUCAGUCAAUCUCCUUUGGAAUCUACAGACCUUAAUUGUAAAUGGUAACUGGGGCGUUGUUGCACCGUACCAUGUGAAAUUUGGAACAUGA